AUGUCAGCCAAUCGUCGGCGGAGGAUUCGAGUAGAGGAGCCAGAAGGGCAGCCCCUUUUACGCCGCCCCCUCUGCGAGAUUCCUGCGGAGCCGGAGCCACGCUUUGGGAACAGCCAGGCCCCCCAUGCACACCUAAAAGUGUACACAAAUAUUCACAGGAUACGCAGAGAUGUCGUCAGCAUCGUCGAGGAUUAUCUCACGCUUGAGCAGUUGACGGAUCUGCGACUGAACAUCUCCGUCGUCCGGCCGUUGGUGGACAAACUUUACGAACAGAAUGACAUCUCUCUCGUGUAUUGCUUGCUCGUCAAUCGGUCUCAGUUCUUAUACGAGCAGGAGCAUAUGUCGAAUAGACAGAACGUCAACUUCACGCGCGCAACCCUCUGCGAACUGGUGGCAACACGCAUUCUCCGGCGCUCUGGCGACGAUAAUCCGGGGUCCGAUGGGCUGCUUCUCCUCGCAAACAUCUUGGUUGCGGGGUUUAACCCCUUCCAGAAUGCCCCCGAGGAGGUUCGGCAAGAGGCCUCUCUUGGUUCUUCGUGGAUCCAUAACAGAACGCUGCCAGCACUGGAGGUAGCCAUCUUGAGCGGAAGCAGACACUUCCUCAGCUCGACGCAUUGUCAAAAGGUAGUUAACGCAAUAUAUAUUGGGCAAGUAAUUUAUACGCCAUCGACAUAUGGUACGCAGCUGGAUAUGAUACCCGAUCGGUAUAAGCAGCGGCCUAUCUCGUUAUACGAGCCGCGUGAGGCGCCUCUGCUCAACCAGUACCGUUUGACAGUACCACGCACUAGAAAUGUCCUGGAGAUCAUGCAGUUCCUCAUCCUCUUGUCUUUAUAUAUCCUGUUCAUGGUGGAGCGGAACCCGGACCAUCUAAGCAUAGUGGAGAUUGCGUUUUCGGUCUACGCGUUCGGUUGGGCUCUGGAUCAGUUUGCCACAAUUCUAGCACACGGAUGGAACGUGUACACGCAAAAUCUCUGGUCAUUCCUGGACGUCAUGUUUGUCAUCAUCUACUGGGCCUACCUAGUGUUGAGGAUCGCCGGCUGGAAAACCGGCCAGUUCGUCUUAGCUCAACAGGCACUCGACGUCCUUGCAAUGGGGGCACCCGUACUCAUCCCCCGGCUGGCGUUCAACUUGCUAUCGGACAACCUAGUAUUCUUAUCUAUACGGUCGAUGAUGGCAGAUUUCACCCUCCUCACGGCUUUGGCGGUCUGGUGUUUUCUCGGGUUUCUUCUCUCCAUGCUGUGGCUCGCCGAAGGCCGUCACAAUGCCUCGAACAUCAGCAAAUGGAUGCUCUGGAUCUGGUUUGGCUUGGACGGAACAGGGGUUUCACGCUCGACGGAAUUCCACUGGCUUCUGGGACCUGUUCUGAUGAUCACCUUCGCCUUUCUGGGCAACACGCUAUUCCUGACAAUUUUGGUCUCGAUGCUCUCUAAUACCUUUGCCACCAUCGUCACGAAUGCACCUGCCGAGAUUCAGUUCCGAAAGGCUGUCUUGACGCUCGAGGGCGUGAAGAGCGAUGCGAUAUUCGCGUACCAACCACCGUUUAACAUCAUCGCCCUAUUCGUUCUAGUUCCGAUGAGAUUUCUAGUGAGCCCUCGCUGGUUUCACAAAAUCCACGUAGCCACGGUUAGAGCGAUUAACUUGCCGGUACUACUGUUUAUCGCGGCGGUGGAGAGGCGACUGCUGUGGUCGGAUACGGAAUUGGCGCAGUAUCCGACGGAGCAGCUGCCGAAGAAACGCGGCCGGAGCUGGUUCUGGGAGAAAUGGCGACUAACGAGCCACGGGGAUAUUCAGGCCGUCUUCGACAUUCCCCCGCCGGAUUCAGUCGAAGAAGAUAUCGCCGUCGACGACGACAUGACUCACCACUUAAUCCGUAGGCAAUUUGCCCGGCAGCAAAGCUCGGGAGUGCUAGAGUCGAACAAGAAACAAGGAGACGACGGAGCGGACCAGCAACAACAGCGGCAACACAAGCCAGCGAGCCGCAGGGACUCGAUGGCUCCCUAUGGCACGUUAUCGGAGCAGAUACGUGCCAUCAUGAAUGAUUCAUCCGAGGAGGAUAGUGUAGCAGCCCGCCUGGAGAAGUUGGAGCAUGCUACCUUGAGAAUCGAGGAGAUGCUCACGAGAGUGUGCGACAGUGCCGCCGCCGCCAGCGGUAACACCCCAGCAAGAGCGGACGACUAA